CUUGAGUUGACGUAAUCUAUGGUAUUGUCCGUACAUUUCCUCAAAACGAGUUUUGCAAUGAUUUUGUAGUUUUAAUGCAAUUAAAGACAAAUAUUAAUUGAAUCCAACAUUGAAUUGACUGCUAAUACGGGCGAAGACAAUGUCGACCACCACUGCUGUCGCGCCUAACAACGACCCGCGAAGAGCCGAUAAGAUCAUUAGAUAUAAGGCGCCGGCCAUUGGGAGCGGGAGUGCGGGCGACGACCCGUUGCCCGACUAUAUGAACGUGUUAUCGAUGUUGCUAUCGAUGUGUGGGUUAAUGCUUAAGCUUAAGUGGAGCGCAUGGAUGGCACUGUACUGCUCGGCCGUCUCCUUCACCAACAGCCGCAUCAAUGAUGACACCAAACAAAUCCUCUCCUCAUUCAUGCUCUCCAUCUCUGCGGUCGUCAUGUCUUACCUCCAGAAUCCGCAGCCAAUGACUCUUCCCUUCACUAAUUGAUGCGUUCAUUGUAGACAUUGUUUUAAGUUUAAUAUGUUAUGUACUUUUAUUAAUAAUAAAUACAUUUAUAUAUUCUGUUUGAAUA